AUGAGGACGCACUGGCACCGGCUCGGGGUUCACAUCGAGACCGAAUCGGAGGCACUGGCCGACUCACCAGCGUCGUGGACGCGGCUGCCGCGUGUCAGCGUCAGACGCGAGAACCUCACGCGACGCGCCUCCAUCGUCAUUGUUCGCACCACGAGGACGCACCGUCACCGCACGGCGGUGUCCUUUGAUCCGUUCCUCCUACGACUCCUGCUGCUCUUCAUCGCCGCCGGCGCCGCCUCGGCGCUCACCCUCGGCAUCGCUAGGCUUGGCUCGCGCGCUGCUGCAAUGGGCACCAUGAGUGAGGGUCUCGAGAGCCACAGCCACGUCGCCAGCCACCUGCGCAGCGCACCGGUCUGGGCAGAGAGCGCGGCCAAGCUCGUGAGCACCGACGUUCGGAACCUGGCGGCGCAGCUGAGAGAGACGGUCGCCGUCUCGGCGUGGUCGGCCGAGGAGGAUGGCGUCUCCGUCUUCGACGCGCUCGCCGCGGCGGCGCUGCACCUCGACGAGUGGGGACGCUCGCGCGCGCCCAUCGUGCACUGGGGCUCGUCGCUCUGCCUCUCGGGCCUCGGCGUCGCGCCCGCCGGCGCGCCGCCGCCGCUCAAGGAGUGCCUGGCGCCGCUGACGCGCGACGUCACGAAGCUGCUCGGCCGGUGCCUUGUCAAGUCGCCGUGGCGCGUGUGCCGGCUGGCCCUCCGGUACGUCGCCUUCGUGUGGACUCGUGCGCUGAGCUCGGCGGUGAGGCAGCCGGAGGAGUGGGCGAGGCGCCGCGGCCACCUCCUCGCAAGCCUCCUAGAGGAGGUCAACGGCCUUCUCAGCGGCGGCGAGCAGGCGGAGGAGGACCCGCUCGCUGCGCUUGGCGCCGAGAUGGGCUCCUGCGUGAGGCGGGCGGCGUCGGCGCUCAACGGCGCCGCUGUCGCCGCCUACGAGCUCUCGACUUGCCUGAGCAACGGCGGAAUUCUGUGAGCUGUGAGCUGCGAGCGUCGGCGGCCGGCAGAUUUUAUGUGUUGGAGGCACGUAUGUUA